AUGCCAGUUCUCAGCCUGUCCGCAUCGCAGGGCGAUGGCGAGGGCCAAAACGAGAUGAACGCGUCCAUGGAUUUGCUGCGCAAGACGCUGGUUGCAUUCCAGGACAAGGCGGACAACAUCCGCGUGUUCUUCCCGGAUCAAAUGGAGCUGGCGGUUGCACGGUCGGGGCAGACCUCCGACCCCAACGCUGGGCGCGCCGCCUUGGACCCAAAGUUUGAAGACAACACGCGGUUCAAAUUCGGUUACCUGACGAAGCAGAACGCCGCCUGGGCCGCCUUGGGCAUCAACAUUUUCGGCUCCAAGUUCACGCCCGUUGAUCUGGUCAAAGACACCGACGAAAUGUUUGUCGUGGCUUACCCCUCCUUCAACCCGCGGGAGGAGCUGUCGGCCACCUACCAGCUCUACCAGGGGGCAGCAGAGCCCACCGGAAGGCCGCUGGUGGUGUUCAAUGGGGAGCUGGACAGGAUCCGCGGCGGUUACUACCCCUCGUUUGCAUUUGGGGAGCUGUCCAAGCUAUCUAAGGACUUCAUACCCAAGGUGGUGUUGGUGUCUUGA